UACUAUUUAUGAAAAGGUACAUUCUUUUUAUUCCUUAUUUAAGAAAUCACUAUCCUAAAUUUAUUAUCAAUUUCUUUCGAGAGAGGUAUUGCCAUUCAUUAUUUUUUCUAGAUGUCCUGAAUACAGAUUGAGCUCACAGCUGGUAGCUUGGAAACUGCUUUCAUUUGUCUCAUGCCUUUUAAUAUCUUUCAGUGUAUUCCACCAUCAGCACAGUUACCAUGAGUUUAGACCUGCUUAGGGCAUUAUGGUGGUGCAGUGGUCUUUGCUUCUUCAGCAUUUGAUUCCUGAAUUGGCCAUUGUCUGCUGAUUGGCAACUCUAAUUGGCUGCAUAUGAGUGACAGAGACUGAAAUGUAAGAAUGUGUAGUGAAUUAUUAAAGUAAAUGUGGGGCUGCAAAAUGAACACAUAAGAAUCUCCAAAUGAGAUCUGCACUGCCAUUUCCGACAUGUUCAAUAAUUUGGAAGCCACAGAGUCCCAGCCUGUACGUUUAUUCUGCAAACCUAUUUUUAUUGUGGCCUGCAAUCUGUUAUCUUCAAUCUUGAAAGUCAUUGCUGUUACUGAAAAUCAUACAGGCAUUGAAAAAUUACCUAGUAAGUGCAGCAUCAGCCUAAAGGUCAUGUCUAAUAUUGGAAGCAUAAGUGAAAUCUACUUCAAAACCUUUAGAAAUGACAUUUUGGUGAAAGGCAUAGGUAUUUAGAUAAUGACUCAAUCUGCAUUAUAGCUGAAUUCUUUGUAAAAAAUAUGCUGGGCAUGAAAAGCAGAAUUUGGAAGAUAAUACUUACAUGAUAUGGAGUAGGAAGUGUUUAUACCUAGGAUUUAAAAGUGUGUAAUUUAAAUGCAUAAAAAUGUUCUUACAGUUCUUAUUUAUGUAAUACUAAAGUACAGUUUUAUAUUUUUUUCAGCCAUUAGCAAGUGAAAUGGAAGUUGAUUCUACUAGUAUGACUAUGGAUUGUUCAGUUGAAAAAGAGCUCCUACAAGAGGAGGAACGCAAACCUACUUUUGAAAAGGAGUCACUUGUCUGGGUGGAGGACUUGCAAGUGUAUUCAAGAUUUCUUGACAUAAAGGAAUUGCUGACAGCAAGCCAUCUUACAUAUUUCAAGCAUCACCCUGAGCUGAAAGCCCUAAUACAAGAUUUCCUGCUGUACUUGUUGCUUAGAAAACCAGAGGACAUUUUCACAUUUGCUGCUGAUUUUUUUGUGCAAUUUUCCUCCCGGAACAUUCCAUUUCGUAAAUUGAGCACUAGACCUUUCUCAGACGAGGACAGUUAAGUUAGGUAUUUCAGGUGUCAGACUCAAGUGCAAUAUGACCAUCAUGAGAAAAGUAUUAACAGAAUGUGUAAAUUACCUGAACUUGUGACAU